GCCUUCCUCAUUCUCUCAUAGUUUCAUUAGAUCUCGAGGAUUGGAAUUUCUUUCAGGGUGCAAUUAGGGUUUCUCGACGACAAUGUUCAAGGGUUCUGAAGAGAGCGCGCGAGAUCAAGGUUUUGAUGACGCAUUAAAAGAUUCAUAUCUUUUCAUAUGGCUUGUUUGGCCCCAUAAGCUCAAGGUACUUGUUGAUGGUCGUUCGGUUGGCAGGACUACACGAUUCACAUGACUAAGGAACUGGAUAUUCUGUUCGAUUGAUCUCUGCUAAAGCCCGUAGGAAGUUCAUGCUAGCGGCAGUCGUAAAGGAUGUCAGCAGGAGAAUGACGA